CUUUUUCCUCACAAUGGCGACCUCGCAGCGUGUUGUCAUCGUCGGCGCUGGCAUCGUCGGCACAAACCUCGCUGAUGAGCUGAUUUCAAGAGGAUGGAACAACAUUACAGUGAUCGAGCAGGGCCCAUUGAGCAUGCCAGGAGGCUCAACAUCACACGCACCCGGUCUGGUAUUUCAGACAAAUCCUUCGAAGACGAUGACAUUGUUCGCCAAAUACACAGUCGAGAAGUUCCAAUCAUUGUACAAGGACGGGCAGAGCUGCUUUAACCAGUUGGGCGGUCUCGAAAUCGCGACAACACAAGAGCGUCUGGAAGAACUUAAGCGCAAGCAUGGAUACGCACAGUCCUGGGGUAUUGAAGCACAUCUGAUCAGCCCAGAGGAGUGCCACAAGAAGUAUCCAGGUCUGAAUCAGAGUAUGAUCCUAGGUGGUCUUCACAUCCCAAGCGAUGGUCUGGCACUGGCAGCUCGCGCCACACAGAUUCUUAUCGAGAGCACACGAAACGCUGGCGUAAAGUACCUCGAACACACCGUAGUCACCGGCAUCGAACAAGCGGAGGGUCACGUGCGAGGCGUCAUAACCAAUAAGGGUAGCGUGCCCGCUGAUAUCGUCGUAUCUUGCGCUGGAUUCUGGGGAGUGGAGAUUGGCAAGAUGAUCGGCUUGAAGGUGCCGCUGCUUCCGCUUGGCCACCAAUACGUCAAGACGACAGCUGUACCGGGACUCAAGGGGCGCAAGGUCAAUGCCAACAUUAACGCGAUGAAUGCUGAGUACCCGAUCCUUCGACACCAAGAUCAAGACCUCUACUACCGCGAACACGGAGAGCAGUACGGUAUUGGAUACUACGGACAUCGACCUAUGCCUGUCAACGCCGCCGAUCUUGGCGUCACACCAGAAAAGGUCAAUGAAAAACACAUGCCAUCGCGGCUCGAGUUCACAACCGAGGACUUUGAGCCAGCCUGGAAGGCAACACAAGAGCUGCUACCCGCACUCCGGGAGACCCAGAUUGCAGACGGCUUCAACGGUAUCUUCUCCUUCACACCAGAUGGCGGAUCGGUUGUAGGCCAAGCGCCCAACCUCGACGGCUUCUACGUUGCCGAAGCUGUCUGGGUAACACACUCUGCUGGUGUGGCUCGGGCCGUUGCCGAGGUGCUGACAGAAGGCCGUUCGAAGAUUGAUAUUGCCGAAUUGGAGGUAACGCGAUUCGAAGAAGUCCAACUUAGCCCAGAGUACGUCAGCGAGACCUCUCAACAGAACUUCGUAGAGAUCUACGACAUCCUUCACCCGCUGGAGCCUAAGCAGAGCCCACGCAAUCUGCGUAUUAGCCCGUUCAACGCCCGACAACAUGAGCAAGGUGCCUUCUUCCUCGAGGUCGGAGGCUGGGAACGUCCGCACUGGUACGAGGCGAACGCUGAGCUCGUCAAAUCGCUGCCUAAUGCAUGGAAGCCGGUCGAUCGUGAUGCGUGGUCAUCGAGGUUCUACUCGCCAAUCGCAGCCGCGGAAGCAUGGAAGGCACGCAAUGCAGUUGCAAUGUUCGAUAUGACCACCUUUCACCGCUUCGAGGUCUUUGGUCCCGCAGCCGUCGAACUGCUGCAGCGCCUUACGACAAGCGAUAUGACCAGUGCUCCUGGUGCCAUCACCCACACCUUACUACUCAACACUCAUGGCGGCGUUCUCAGCGACAUCUUUGUGUCAAGGCUUGAGGACGACGUAUUUCAGAUCGGCGCCAACACCGCCACUGACCUCGCUUAUCUUGCUCGAGAGGCUCGUCAUCAAUCCAAGACCACACCUGGCCAAUGGGUGCAGGUUCGCGAUGUUACUGGAAGCACAUGCUGUCUUGGACUAUGGGGACCUCGAGCUCGCGAUGUUAUCCAUGAUAUCAGCUCAGAUGACUUCUCAAACAAGGGCUUGCGUUACAUGGGCGUCAAGAAGCUAGGCCUCGUUGGUAUCCCGGUCACCAUGUUCCGCAAAUCGUUUAUUGGAGAGCACGGUUGGGAGAUCCAGACAACACCUGAGUUCGGUCAAAGACUCUGGGAUCUCUUGUGGAAAGCCGGCAAGCCUCACGGACUCGUUGCUGCUGGUCGCGCUGCGUUCAACAGCCUGCGUCUGGAGAAGGGCAUUCGCGCCUCGGGUUCAGACUUUUCAUCUGAGUACAACCCGUACGAAGCUGGCAUUACAUAUGCCAUCCAAAGGGACAAGAAGAUCGACUUCGUUGGCAAGGCUGCGCUCGAGGCUGCGUCGAGACGCACCCCCGCUAAGCGUCUGCGAUGUUUGACUGUCGAUGAUGGCCGCUCGAUGGUAUUGGGAAAAGAGCCAGUUUUCCAUGACAGCAAGGUCGCUGGGUAUGUCACUAGUGCUGCCUUCGGAUACACCGUCCGUAAGCCCAUUGCGUACGCCUGGCUACCAAAGGAUGUCAAUGAGGGGGAUUCGGUCGAAAUCGAGUAUUUUAGCCGCAAGAUCAAGGCUACCGUAGGGCCUGAUCCACUGUACGACCCGCAGCACCGACGCCUCCAUGACGAUGGCCGUUCGCAGAAGCCGGAACUGCAAAAGCGACUAAAGGCAUUAUUAUAAUAGCGAUGUUUGGUGAAUGGCGACUGACGAGCUCAUGACCGGGGGGGCAUUGCAAAGGAUGGGUUUUGGCGUUCAAGCGGUCGGCAGUACAGUAUGCACGACUAUUUCAGUCGAAUCGAAUUCAUCUUGAUAAA